AUGGAUUUAUUAUACAAUGACUAUGAUAAAAUACAGGGGGAUAUCGAGCUGCUGAUGGAGGACUCCGCCGAGGCAUUGGCUGAUCGCGAAGCCUUUCAAAACCAAUACUUCUCCUUGGUGUCAUCGGCGCGCGAGGUGCGACGUCAGCAUAGCGAGCGAAGAGCCAGCGUGUUGGUGAGUUCCGUACAAGCUUCAGAUAAUAAUGACGCCACACAGUCGAAACAUAGUGUUGUGAAAUUACCACAGAUUAGUUUACCACAUUUUGAUGGAAGCUAUCAGCAUUGGCUCGAGUUUAGAGACACGUUUGAUUCUCUUAUACACAAGAACACAUUGUUGGAUGACAUAAGUGCUGCUGCCUUAAUUAUUAGAAGCUUGGAUUUUAAUUCUGGUAACUACAGCAUCGCCUGGGAUUUAUUGACGAAACGUUACAAUAAUAAUCGUCUUUUGGUAAAUAAUCAUGUUCAAUCGUUAUUUAAUGUCGAUCAAAUAGAAAAGGAGUCCAGUAAAGCAGUACGUCAUUUAGUCGAUAGUACUACAAAAAAUCUCAGAGCUUUAACAAUUUUAGGACAACCGACGCAGCACUGGGACACCUUAAUUAUUUAUAUAAUGGCUCACAAAUUAGAUACUAAAACUUACGUUCAUUGGGAAGAAUUUAGAAAUACGUUAUCCGAGGCACCUACAUUGUCUAAAUUUUUAACUUUUUUAAAUAACAGGGCAGACUUGUUGGAAUCAGUUGAGGACUCUGAAGCUAUUAAAAACAAGACCUCAAACAAUAAAUCAAAUAAGCAAAAAAGUUUUGCCAUAACAUCAACUGAUAAUAAUAAUAUUUCAAAUAAGGUUUCGAGCUCAAAUUGUCCAAUGUGCAAACAAAGUCAUGUUUUAUUUAAGUGUGAUAGUUUUCGAAAACUGACGUCAGAUGUUCGUAAUCAGAAGGCUAAAGAAUACAAGGUUUGUCUUAACUGUUUAAACCCGGGCCAUUCCGAACAAAAAUGCAAAUUGUGGGCUCGGUGCAAGUAUUGUAAGGCAAAACAUAAUACACUGUUACACGUAGACAAAGACAGUGAGCCGACUACCAGUAGUCAAAUAACAGAUAAUGUUACUUUAACUGCCAAAGCUAUACAGAAUACUACUUCGUCCACCGUAUUGCUUUCCACAGCGAGGGUGAAGGUGCGCGACAGCAGCGGCCGCAGCCACGUAGCGAGGGUGCUGCUGGACAACGGCAGUACCGCAAACUUUAUAACUGAGGAGCUGUGUGGUAAGCUGGGUUCACUUAAACGUAACGUAAACUCCAGAAUAACGGGUAUUAACCAGCAAACUUGUAAAAGCACACAGUCUUGUUCCUUAACCUUAGAAUCUUACUCGGGUAAAUUUAAAACAACAAUUGAUUGUUUAGUAUUACCAGAGAUAACCAAAUCAUUACCAUCGACAUUAAUUGAUAUAAGUACUAUUCCACUUCCAUCAGGCAUCUGUCUAGCUGACCCUCACUAUUAUAAACCGUCAAGCGUAGACAUUUUACUAGGUGCUGAACAGUUCUGGAAUAUUUUAGGUACUAACACAAUAAAUCUAGGCAAAUGUCAACCUAGGUUAUACGAAUCUAAAUUAGGAUGGCUUAUUUCUGGGUUUAUUGCGCAACCUAGUCCAUCCCGUGACCAACCAGUGUGUAAUUUUGUGCAGGAAAUAAAACCUGAACUCACUCGGUUUUGGGAACUAGAUUCAAUAUCAGAAAAACAUUCGUUGUCAGCCGAGGAACGUGCAUGUGAGGAACAUUUUUUACGCACUACUACUCGUGGCGAAGACGGGCGUUUUAUUGUUAAAAUGCCAUUUAAACAGUCACCAGAUGUUUUAGGUGACUCAUACCAAAUGGCGAAAGUUCGAUUUCUUUCGCUCGAACGUAGGUUUGAACGUGAUCCCUUAUUCAAAGGUAGGUAUAUCGAUUUUAUGCACGAGUACUUGCAAUUAGGGCAUAUGUCUGAAGUUAGUAACUCAAAUGAUAACAUAAGUUACUAUUUACCACAUCACGGUGUUACGCGCGAGCAAAGUACUACAACUAAAUUAAGAGUUGUCUUUGACGCGUCAGCUGUGACGACUUCAGUUACUUAUGGCACCGCUUCGGCACCAUACUUAGCGACAAAGGCACUCGUAAGUCUCGCUUCACAGGCGUCUAAUGAUGACGUAAAGCAAGCUAUACAACGGGACAUGUACGUUGAUGAUUAUUUGGGAGGCAGUGACACUGAGUCAGCAACCAUACUGUUAUGCAAGGAGGUGAGUUCGAUUUUAGCAUCAGCUCAAUUCAAAUUAAGAAAAUGGCAAUCUAAUAGCCCACAAGUGAUGAAGGCUAUGUUGUCAUCCCUUGAUCAGAAUGAUAAUAACAUUCUGGAUUUAAAUCAUGCAUCCGAGUGUGCCUAUGGGGCAUGUGUGUACGUUCGUUGCCUAAAUAAUGAUGAUACUAUAACCGUUCACCUUUUAACUUCGAAAAAUAAGGUAGCUCCCAUUAAACAUACAACCAUACCCCGUCUUGAACUGUGCGGGGCCUUGUUGGGAGCAAGACUGAGUGCAAAGGUAGUAGACUCACUAACUAUUAAAAUAAAUAAGUGUUAUUAUUGGUGUGAUUCGACGAUAGUUCUCUGUUGGUUAUCUGCAUCGCCGAAUAAAUUAAAGCCUUUUGUUCGUAACCGUGUCAGUGAGAUACAAGAAAGUACCGGGGAAAAUUCUUGGAGAUACGUGUCGUCGAAAGAGAACCCGGCCGACUUCAUAUCUCGCGGGCUGAGGGCCGAUCAAAUCGGCACCUGUAAAUUGUGGUGGUCGGGCCCAGAGUUUUUAAAAUUAGGUGAAGAUCGUUGGCCUAAAAUGCCAAAUACAGGUUCUAAUUCCGACAUACCUGAAUUUAAAGUUCAUUUAGUAGAUAACUGUCAAUCAACUCAAUCAGUUAUCAGUCGUUUGAUUAGUAAUAAAUCUAACAUAAACAAAUUAAAACGUAUUUUCGCUUAUGUACUUAGAUUUAGGUGUCAAGCGGUGCAACCAGUCAUGGGUCAGCUACCACGCACGAGGACACAGCUUGAAUUUCCGUUUUAUAAUUGUAGUGUCGACUACGCCGGACCAAUGCUGAUAGCUGACCGUAAAGGCAGAGGUGCCAGACUCAUUAAAUCCUAUAUCUGUGUGUUCGUCUGUUUGGCAGUAAAGGCUGUUCAUCUGGAGCUUGUGACGGAUCUCACCAAAGACGCCUAUCUUGCCGCGUUAAAGAGAUUCGUUGCUCGUCGGG